AUGGUGCAUGCUCUGAGUCAGGUGGAGGCUGAGCACAGAGAAUUGGAUCGGAAAACGACUUGGCUUCGCGGGCAUUGUCAGGAGACUCUGAAGUCCAGCAAUGGCCUGGCACUGUAUGCGCAACAGAUUGCUGAAAGGUUGAACACCCUUUGCUCCUUUGAGUCUAUAGCUCAGGAACUGGACGACUCCACGCUUCUGUCGAAGCCGGCGCAGCUGGAGCGGCUAUUACAGCGCCUGGAAGCUGCUGCCUCAUUUGUGGAGUCUCGUUAUGAUUUUUUCGAUGCCAAGAAUUGCAGGAGCACCUGCGACCACCUUCGCAAUCGGGUGUGUAUCCUAAUGCGGAGCACUUUGAUGCAUUCUCUUGAGGUGGCAGAUUCCCAGGUCCAAGACAUUCUGUGGGAACAGGAAGAGGGUACAACUUCUGUGGAUACCCAGAUCUUCUACACGUCAUUUCACAUGAUUGCCCCGACUAUCAAGACUUUCAUGUCCGUUCUUCGCAAACAGGCGCAUUUGCAUCAGCAAUAUGCUGCUACACUGGAUGCAGCGGAGGCGGCACUGGCAGACCUGCGGAAGCGCUUGCCUUCUUCGCAUUGGGAGUCACUUCAGGAGAUGAACCCAGACCUUCUUGAACUCGUAAGGCAUGCCAUAAAUUAUCUCCUGGACACAUGUUCUCGCGAGCAGCGCUGCUUCGAAGCUUUCUUUGAGCCGCGGCUUCCACAGGAGGCAUUGGACUCGCUGUUGAGUGAUCUUUGCGGGCGAUGUUCUGAGGUUCUUCUGCCGGCCUUGCAGCGCGAACGCUCUUGGGAGCUGCUGGCGAACGCUGCGGAGCUGCUGAAGGCCGAGCUGCAAGACUUCCGUGGUGCUUUGCAGGUUCGCCUUGCCUUGCGCCACUGCUUGGCCACAGCACAGCGGCAGCUGCUGAUUUUGGCACGGCAGGAACUGUCUACAACCGGCCUGGAUGGCAAUGCUUCAGUGUCCAGUUCCAGCUUGGAUGCUGCGCUGAAGGUCUUGGCAGCUUGCUAUCGUGUGCUGGAGGCGCCUGACUUUGAAAGUUUGGCUCAUAUGGUCUUGUCCGGACAAGCUUCCUUUACCUCCGAAAGGUCGUUGCCAUCGCAACUUCUUCACUUAUCGCAGCUGCUGCGCCUCCGGGAACAGCUUGCAGCCUUUGAAGAUGACUUGCUGUCCGCAGAGGUGCCACGACCGACAUCCGGAGUUGCCAGUGACAUGGAGAGGUUGGCCAGCUCCAGCAUGAAACGGCGACGAUUUGGACGUCACCUCCACUGGGAGAAGAAGGUUCGCGAGGUUUGUGACGGGGUGCUGGAGCAUGUUAUCUUCGGUCAACUGCACUUGGAGGUCGGACGGAAAGGAGUUGACUUUGAAGAAAGGUGCAGCAAGUUCCUUCCUCCUGUGGCCGCACACUUCAGGGCGGCCUUGGGCCAAGCCGCAGUCUAUCUCCUCGAUUCCUUGAAGGAGAGAAUACUGCAGCUGCAUCUGUUGGAGGCUGGAGGUGCCUCCAAAGAGGCCUUCGCCCAUCGCUUGCAAGGCAUUUUCGAGCAUGCAGCGGCUGCCCAUUUCAGCUAUCAACGUUGUGUCGAUGGGGACGGCAUCAGGGAGGAAAGUGGCGACGCAGUUGCAGACGGCAGCACUGCAGGGUAUGCGCCGCAAAAUCAGCCUUUGCUGCCGGUGGGUGUGAGCACAGUGCGCAAUACCCAAAAGCAGUUGAAAUUCUUUGACUGAGCCUGUUGAGAGAUGGGCCUCUCUUGUGUUGCUGCUAUGAUGCAUGUCGGGUAGACAUAGAUUUUACAUAGUCCCACCUAUUUCCC